UAUUGAUCAUUUGCUUGCUGCUCGCUCAUCUUCCUUACAAGAAAUCCCAUUCACUUCCGUUUUCUCUUCUCUCUUCUCUCUCUGUGUGUCUUUCCAUGGAGGACAAGGAGGCAUAGAGACUAGGUCUCUCUCAGAGAAAGAAGAGAGAAGGGAGAUUUCUGGCCUGCCUGCAAGAAAAAGGAUAGAUCACAUUCUUUAUUGAACUAUCACUUGUGAUAUUUACUUCUUUUGUUUCUUUCAUCUUUCACCAUGGCCUCCGGAAACAUCUCCUUGGAAGAUGUCAAGAACGAGAACGUUGAUCUUGAGCGCAUUCCUGUUGAUGAAGUUUUCGAGCAGUUGAAAUGUACAAGAGAGGGUUUGACAAUAGAGGAAGGCCAGAAGAGGCUCCAAAUCUUUGGCCCAAACAAGCUCGAGGAGAAAAAGGAGAGUAAGCUCCUCAAGUUCUUAGGCUUUAUGUGGAAUCCCCUCUCAUGGGUCAUGGAGUGUGCUGCAAUUAUGGCCAUUGUUUUGGCCAAUGGAGGGGGCAAGCCACCGGAUUGGCAAGACUUUAUUGGCAUUGUUGUCUUGCUUAUCAUCAACUCCACUAUUAGCUUCAUUGAAGAAAACAACGCAGGCAAUGCCGCAGCAGCUUUGAUGGCAGGACUUGCCCCUAAAACCAAGGUGUUGAGGGAUGGAAAGUGGUCUGAGCAAGAUGCAGCAAUCCUGGUACCUGGAGAUGUGAUCAGCAUCAAGUUGGGAGAUAUCAUCCCAGCUGAUGCCCGUCUCCUGGAGGGCGAUCCCCUAAAAAUCGACCAGUCUUCUCUAACCGGUGAAUCCCUACCAGUAACCAAGAACCCAGGCAAUGAGGUCUUCUCUGGUUCCACCUGCAAACAAGGUGAGAUUGAGGCUGUUGUUAUCGCAACUGGUGUCCAUACCUUCUUUGGCAAAGCUGCUCACCUUGUGGACAACACCAACCAAGUUGGUCACUUCCAAAAGGUGUUGACAGCCAUUGGUAACUUCUGUAUCUGCUCUAUUGCGGUCGGCAUGGCGAUUGAGAUUGUAGUGAUGUAUCCUAUCCAACAUAGAGCAUAUAGAGAAGGAAUUGACAACCUGUUGGUACUUCUCAUUGGAGGCAUUCCAAUUGCCAUGCCAACGGUCUUGUCCGUUACCAUGGCUAUUGGGUCUCAUCGCCUGUCACAACAAGGUGCCAUCACCAAGAGGAUGACAGCCAUUGAGGAGAUGGCAGGGAUGGAUGUGCUCUGCAGUGAUAAAACAGGGACUCUCACUCUGAACAAGCUCACUGUUGACAAGAACUUGAUUGAGGUGUUUCCAAAGAAUGUAGAUAAGGACACUUUAGUCUUGCUUGCUGCUAGGGCUUCCAGGGUUGAAAACCAAGAUGCCAUCGAUGCUUCGAUUGUCGGGAUGUUAGGUGACCCUAAGGAGGCAAGAGAAGGGAUCACUGAGGUGCAUUUCUUGCCCUUCAAUCCUGUGGAGAAGCGCACUGCAAUCACCUAUAUUGACGGUGAUGGAAACUGGAACAGAUGCAGCAAAGGUGCUCCUGAGCAAAUUAUUGAGCUCUGUGAGUUAAAGGGGGAUGUGAAGAAGAAGGCACAUGAGGUCAUAGAUAAGUUUGCUGAUCGAGGUCUUCGUUCCUUGGGAGUUUCUCGACAGACUAUUCCAGAGAAGACAAAGGAAAGUGCUGGAGGUCCAUGGGAGUUCCUAGGUCUCUUGCCCCUCUUUGACCCUCCAAGGCAUGAUAGUGCAGAAACCAUCCGUCACGCUCUUGACCUUGGUGUCAAUGUCAAGAUGAUCACAGGUGAUCAGCUUGCCAUUGGGAAAGAGACCGGUCGAAGGCUUGGCAUGGGCACCAACAUGUAUCCCUCUUCAUCUCUCCUUGGCCAAAGCAAGGAUGAAUCAAUCGCCUCUAUUCCAAUUGAUGAACUCAUUGAAAAGGCUGAUGGAUUUGCUGGUGUCUUCCCUGAACACAAGUAUGAGAUUGUUAAGAAGCUACAGGAAAGGAAGCACAUUUGUGGAAUGACUGGAGAUGGUGUCAAUGAUGCCCCAGCACUCAAGAAGGCAGACAUUGGUAUUGCAGUGGCUGAUGCUACUGAUGCAGCCAGAAGUGCAUCAGACAUUGUGUUGACAGAGCCAGGUUUAAGUGUAAUUGUGAGUGCUGUGUUGACAAGCAGGGCCAUCUUCCAGAGGAUGAAGAACUACACAAUCUAUGCUGUUUCUAUCACAAUACGUAUUGUAUUGGGAUUCAUGCUUGUUGCUCUCAUCUGGGAGUUUGACUUCUCUCCUUUCAUGGUUCUGAUUAUAGCAAUCUUGAACGAUGGAACUAUCAUGACUAUCUCUAAGGACAGGGUGAAGCCAUCUCCUCUGCCUGACUCAUGGAAGUUGAAGGAAAUCUUUGCCACUGGGGUUGUACUCGGAACCUACAUGGCCCUCAUGACUGUGUUGUUCUUCUAUCUUGCACACGACACUGAAUUCUUCUCAGAAACAUUUGGCGUGAGACACAUUGGUAAAAGCCUGGAAGAGCUUAACUCAGCCAUCUACCUUCAAGUGAGCAUUAUUAGUCAGGCACUCAUUUUUGUCACUAGAUCAAGGAGCUGGUCCUUUGUUGAACGCCCUGGUUUAUUGCUUAUCACUGCCUUUAUUGCAGCACAACUGGUGGCCACUGUCAUUGCUGUGUAUGCACACUGGGGAUUCGCCAGGAUCCAUGGUGUUGGGUGGGGAUGGGCAGGAGUGAUAUGGAUCUACAGCAUCAUCACCUAUAUCCCUCUUGAUGUCCUCAAGUUCUUUAUUCGCUUCGCAUUAACUGGAAAGGCCUGGGAUAACAUGCUCCAAAAUAAGACUGCUUUCACCACAAAGAAGGAUUAUGGAAAGGGUGAGAGGGAGGCACAAUGGGCAAUGGCUCAACGUACACUCCAUGGUCUCCAGCCCCCAGAACAAUUAUUCAAUGACAAGAACAACUAUGGGGACCUGUCUGAGAUUGCUGAGCAGGCCAAGAGGCGGGCUGAAGUUGCUAGGCUAAGGGAGCUACACACUCUCAAGGGGCACGUUGACUCUGUGGUGAAACUGAAGGGCCUAGACAUUGAAACCAUCCAACAACACUACACAGUCUAGAACACAUUGUGAAAGCUGAAAGAAGCUGCCCGAUGGUACAAGCAACAGGAAGGCCGAUGGUUAAAGAAGUUAUACGUGAUCUUUCUUUUUUUCAUUCUAUUUUCUACUAUCAAUGGUACAACAGGUACAUUGCUGGUUGGGAUGUGUUGCAGUUUGAUUGGGAGAUUGGGUAAAAAAUGAUACACUCCAAGGGAUUGAAUGAAGUCUAAAGCAGCUAUUAUGUUAUUAUACAGAAAUAUGGUUGUCAAUCAUAUUUCGUAUAACAAGAUCUGUCUUUUCCGCAGAGAUUGUUAAUCGUUUUUGCCAUUACUCCUUAAAAGAUCGAGGCUCUAGGCUUUUAGCAUGAUGACAACCAUUUGUAGUUAAUAUGAAAAUACAGAAUGAUCAUGGAUUUUUCA